AAACCAAUGACAGGACAGGUAGCAACAGGUGAGCAGCAAACACACACUCACACACACUCUCUCUCUCACAAACACACACUCACUCUCUCACUCACACACACACUGAGAGGAGAGGUGGCUGCUGUGCUGAAAGGCUCCUGGGACUCAGUUCCUGUCUGUGUGACAGGGAAUUAGAGAAGCGAGGACCAUUUCAGCCUCGGAGGGGAACCGGUGGAGAUCUGGACUAUUACCGACAGAACAAUGACACUAUCGGAGCGUUAGAGUGUGUGUGAGUGUGUGUGUGCAGCUGUGCACUCUAACCUGAUCGAUUAUUGAUCAACUGUUUUGUUGUAGAUUUCUUUGCAAUAAUGUUUGUAGAAGAGUUUUAAAGCUCAUCCAGAAUCCGGUCUGAACAUUAGAGGAUAUUCGUGGUGAGGAUUGUAUAAAACCUUGAACCAGACUUUAAUCCCAGGACUGCUGACUCCACCAGCACCAUGCUCAGCUCGGAGGGCCUGCGGCCGGCCCCGUCCGGCAGGAAGCCCCUGGGCAAGCUCGCCUCCCGGCUGGAGGAGGUGAAGAACCCGUGGCGGCAGGGCUCCACGCUGGAGCUGAGCCACAACGAGGCGGCCCGGCUGGCGACGGACGCCCUGCUGGAGCACGGGGAGAAGGAGUACCGCAGGGUCCUUUCCGAGGAGCGGGAGGUCAACUUUCUGUCCCCGCUGGAGGUCCGAUACAUCACCCAGCAUGCGGCCAAGGCGUGCAGCUCCGAGAGCAACGGCACCGGCCCCAACGACCGGGACUUCGGGGACGGGGACGCAGUGUCCGAGCUCACCUCCGGGACUUACUUCCCGAUGAUGUCCGACGAGGAGCCGCCGAUGCUGGAGCUCGGCUGGCCGGACUCCCCGGCGAGAUACGGACCGUCGGAGACGCAGAUCUACUUCCAGAGGGACAAGUCUCACAACGUCAAAGACCUCAUCAGGUCCCUGAUCAACAAAGCCAAGAAGGUGAUAGCGUUGGUGAUGGACGUGUUUACAGACGUGGACCUGCUGUGUGAUCUCAUGGAGGCGUCCAACAAGCGCCGGGUCCCCGUCUACAUCCUGCUGGACGAGAAAAACCUCGACAACUUUACAGAAAUGUGCUCCGCGCUCGACAUCCAGAACUCACACCUGGGUAACAUGCGUGUUCGCACUGUGUGCGGGGACACGUACUGCACCAAGAGCGGCAAGAAGUUCACCGGUCAGGUCCUGGAGAAGUUUAUGAUCAUCGACUGUGAAGAGGUCAUCGCCGGGUCAUACAGUUUCACCUGGCUGUCUGCUCAGGUGCACAGCAACAUGGUGAUGCAUUUCUCAGGUCGCAUCGCCGAAAGCUUCGACCGGGAGUUUCGCUGCCUGUACGCCGACUCGCAGAUCAUCGACUGCUUCUUCAACGCAGAAGACGAGGGGAUGCCCUACUACCCGUCAUACCAAGGCAUGAUGGGCCCCGGCAUGGGCAUGGGGAUCGGUCCGGUCAUGGGUCUGGAUUUACUCUCAGACAGGCAGAGGGACAGGGACAGGGUGUGCUCUGAAAACUCCAGCAGCCAAUCGAGUAACAGCGUGUCCAGUGUGAAGGCGGCACCAGGGAUGACCUCCAACCCGGUCUACAAGGUCACUCAAAGUCACGACAAGAAGGAGCCCAACAACAACUCCCACCUCAGCCCCGAGAGGAGAGGUGGAGACCGAGCCGGAGGACAAACCCCGACGCCUCAGACUCACGUCACACCAGGAUCGCGAGUCUCUGCUAACGGUGGAGCCAAUCACAGCCCGGCGAUGGACCGGCCGCCGCCACCGUACGGUCAGACAAUGGGCAUUGAGUGGAACAAGCCCAACCCGGUGGACGUCAUGCGGUCAAAUAUCAGCGGCACAUCCUCCAAGUUCCAGGGGUUGGGGUUGUACGACCACAAACUGAGCAUGUUCCACAGCUCCGGGCUCAUCCCCGGCACCCCCAGCUCAAACCUGACCCCCAAGACCCAGACACCCUCCCCGGUCAAUGACAGCAAACUCCCCUCCAAGCAGAGGACUCCAACCAACCAACUCUUCAACAAAUUCACAGACCUCUUUCUGCCCCCCUCCAGCAAAGAAAAAGACACCUACAACUUCCGGAGGUCACCGUCCCCUCUCAGCACGUCCUGGGGAGGGCCGGACCUCUCUCAAAAUGAGCCGGAGAGCCAGCAGAGCCCGCCGCCGCCGCUCUCUCCGGUCGCACUGAUGAGCCGGCAGGACCAGAAACGAAUGACGCUGGGCCACAGCAAGCUGGACCUUGUGAACCAGUACAACCAGAUGAAAUCCAAGCAGGUGUACAGCCGCUUUGAGCUCAAGACCAGCAACUGAACUGGCAGGAUUUCAUCAGACUACAUUCAUGUUCGAAUGUUUGUUCUUCCUAUCAGUCUUAUUACAUUUAUUAUAGUCCAUGAAGAAGAGUCUCCAUGGACUCUGGUUGUUUUUCUAAAGUGGUCAGUCCUUCGUCUUCUUCCACAGCGAUGCCUGGUGGAAAUCAGCCAUUACAGCCAUGUUGGCUCCGAGGCUCCUUCACCGAGAUUUUCUCUGUGAUUCUUGAAACCAUAUUGCCUCUUUUAUCGUGUGAGGAGCCUUUACAAGUGCAGAAGAGUUGUGACUCUUUGUGCGGUCGUAGUUUACAGAACACAUGAAAGAAAUCAAACAUUUACAUUCAUACAAGCAUUGAAACUGAUCUGUGAAAAUCACCCGUCAUCCAUUUUUUUUAGCAAAAAAAACAGUCAAACUGUUUCCGCAAAUAAAAAUGAGGUUGUAGCUGAAAGUAGUAAAAAGUUUAACAUAAACCAGUGGCAUGUCCUAACAGGAGAUUAAUUUAAAAUGAUAAAUGGCAGCUGAAAUAUUAAAGAGACAAUUAUGGCUUGCAAUUAACAUUUUUACUCCCACUGCUGUUUCUAAAGUACACUCAUUUGAGCAUUUUUCCCACACAAUUUUAUACUUUGAGACAUUACAUAACAGCUUAUUUAACAAUAAAUGUAAUGUCUGAACUGAAAUUUUAAUUCUCCUUUGAAAGACUAUAUUGGCUGUAAUAAUACUGCAGACCUUGUGCCGGAGAGGAUUAAACUGUUUUUAGACAUACUUGUGGGAGUGCCUUGGGUGGGCAUUUUGCACUGACAUGGACAGGCACCUUCAAAAAAAAUACUCAGCAGGUGAUUGGAUGAACAAUCUGUCUAUCAAAGGCAAACUUCAACCAAUCUGAUCAAUGAACCAUAUAUCAUAGUGAAACUCCUACGCUUACUUGCUUGCACUUAUUUGCACCGCCAUUGCGUUUUUUGAGCAAACAGUCACUUCGGACACAUAAAGUGUUAAACCACGCCUGUAUCUCAUGCUGUAGCUGCCAGUAGUUCAUAUAAGACGCCGAUUGGUUCGGAACCAUUGUGGUUCGGACAUCGGAACCUGGCAAGAUGGAUUCUUGCGUGAUCUGAAGUCCAGCUGCCUCUUAAAGUUAGGACAGUCCUGCUAGGGGACGCAAUACCGACCAGAGCGUGUCAUACUUUAUAGCCAAUAAACGUUGAUAAAAGAUGUUUUUCCACUUUUUCAACAAGGGUUAUCGUAGUGUUGGUUCUUUACGGACCCCACUCUGAACUUUCAACAUUAAAAGCUAAUCUGGUGGAAGAACAUCGUCAGUGUUGUGUUCAUCCCACUUUUAUAGAAAGGGGUCAGCAAACUUUACUAUCAAAAGAGCCAAAAAUAAUCUGUAAAACAUAUUUGAGCAUCAUAAUGCUAAUUACCCACCGCAGAGCAAGCAAGGAAAUCUGUCCACGCACUAUUAAACUCUCUAUUUUCCUUCAAGACUUUUCUUCUUUGGAUUUUGAAUCCAUAGCUAGCCUGGCUAGGGAAACGCAAGACUCGUAGCCACAGCUAUUGAGGCUCUGGAGCCGUAGGUUGCCGGCCUCCUGGUGUAGCUGGUGGUUCUGGUUUUUCAUUCAUGGAUCAUGGCUGCAACCUGUCAAAGACGUUAAGACGACAACAAAAUUAUGUGUAAUGUGUAAAAGAUUUUGAACAAUUUUGUCCAAAUAAGAGACAGAGAAAUAAGAGAGAUCCUUUUUUCUUUCUUAAGUGUUUUACUGUAACACUCCUGUAUUAUAGUGUAUAUAACACGUGCCUUGAUCAUCCUGCCUUAAGGUUUACAAUUACAUUUUAGACAAACGUAAUAUCGGCAGUGACUUCAAAUAUGUGUUAAUUAGGGUACAGACAUGCCUGUUUGAAGCCACUGUCCUCACAGGGAUUGAGGAGUUUGUUGUAAAUAAUAGGAGUGCGAUAAUAUUCCUGGUGCUGUAUCUCGUUACAAUUCUGGGAAAUUAGAUUGUAAAUGUAGAAACUGAAGUGCUUUGAGGUGAUGCAGACGGAAAAUAUUGUCAGACGGAUAAACAGCGUCUUCUCAGAACUGUUUUUUUUUGUUUGUUUGAACAGUGCUGUCACAUCCUUAAAAAUAGUUUCUGUAUGACAUUAAGUUCUUCAUCACAGAGGAUUGGUUCCUCAUACUGUACAUUGUAUACAAUAAACAGCAUUUUUGUUUCAAAUAUGUAGAUUUGUAUAUAGACUUAUAAUUAAAGUUUCAUUGUAUUAUUUUCAUGCUGUUUUCUUUUAGUUUUUGUGAUGAACUGUGCUGAUGUACAUUCAUUUUUCAUCACAGCACUACAGGGCUUUCCACAGAAUUCCUCCUCAGCAUGGAGCAGCAGUGCAGCAGACAUGGAAAACAGAUUUUUUUGCUGUUGUCACCUAAGCAAUAAUGAUCGAGAGCGAUCAAUAAUUUUGAUAUGUGUGUUUUCAUUUUGUGUGUGUUUUUGUUUACGGUUUAUUUCAGUUUGUAUUGUUGUUUUUUGUAAUUAAUACAGUCAGUCGGACAACGUGCAGGCAUCGAUAUGUCUCAUGUUAGUCUGACUAAUGUAUAUUAAGUUGUGUAUAUAAUACAUAAACUGUCAGGAAUUUGGGUGAUUGUUAAAUUGUUUUAUUUUUACAUUAUGUUGUUUACUGGAGAAUGUGAAUUUUCUGUUUAAGUCUGCUUAAUUUGUAAGAUGAACAUUUUAGGAUUUAAUAAAACAAAAAUUGAA